AUCCCCCAACUCCACACCUAGACAAUCUCACAAAAAACCAAAGAAAAUAUCCCUCUCCUCUACUUUUCCUAUCAAUCUAUAACCCCAUUGCAUAGGUACCUACAAACAAACUCUCAAUUUCCAACUACCCUCAACUUUUACUCCAAUUUAGUCCCAAAAAUUCCAAAAUGAGACCACCCUACAUCUUCAUUUUCUUCCUAUUCCUCUCAUGGGCAGCAACAAACACAACUUCCAAAUCUAGUGGAGACACUUAUGUAAGAGAAGCAUGCAGUGUUACUAGGUAUCAAAACCUAUGUAUCCGCUCAUUGUCUUCAUUCUCACAAUUAGCCAAGAAAAACCCUAGCAUAUGGGCAAGAGCUGGUGUCUCGGUAACAAUUACUGACUCCAAAAACAUUACACAAUUCUUGAAAAAUUUGAACAAAAACAAAGCCAUGAAAGGUAAAAACAAACUUGCUCUUUCAGAUUGUAUUGAGUGUUUUCUCGACGCUAUCGACAAUCUUCACAAAUCGCUCGGGGUGCUUCGGAAUCUCGAUUCCGCCAAAUUUGAUGAUCAAAUGAGUGAUGUUAUUACUUGGCUUAGUGCUGCACUUACUGAUGAAGAGACUUGUUUGGAUGGGUUUCAAGAACAGAAUGAUAUUACUAAACAAGUUAGAGUUGUUUUGAAUAGGGUUUCAAGAACUAGUUAUAUUACUAGUAAUGCAUUGGCUCUUGCUAAUAAUCUUGCAUCCACUGGCUUAGGAAGCUUUAUUAAUUGAUUUUUACAGCUUGUAGAGAUGAUUAUUUAGUAUUAUUGGAAUAAUUAAUUUAUGUUUUAUGUUUCUCUUUGUAUAUUGUAUUCUAUUGUAUUCUGUUGCAAAAUUUAGCGAGUAAAUUGAUUAUGGGGUUAUUGUAUUUCA